GAUAUACUGAAUUCUUCUUCUUAUUCCUUUUACCAAACAUAUAAAAAUAACGUGAUAGAAAAAAAAUUAGACUUUAAAAGGGUUUAAUUGACAAGGCAUUGAAUCUUGGCUGAGUUGGUGGGAAGCAACACGCGCUUGCACUGCGGCUAGGCAUUGACAGUUGAUCCUGCAAGCAGCAUUAAACAAAAACGAUAAGCAAUUAAUUAAAUUAAAUCGCCGGCUUUGUUUUGCAUUUGGAACAAUGCCAAUCAGCUAAAAUAACAACCCGCCUGCUCUGCUUCUUCAAACCCCCGCUGUCCCUCCCUCUCCCUCUUUCACAAAUAACUAUACAAAAACCAAAACCAAAGCCAAAUAAUUAAGAACUAAACACAUAAACGAAUCCUCCAAAGAAUCAAAAACCCAUUUUACAGAGAUUAAUCUUUUUUUUUUGCAAGUACACACAAUACAAAUCUCUUUUCUCUGUUUCAUGUUUCAUGCUAUGCCUGCCCGCCCUAGAUCUUAUUGUCUUUUUGAUUUUUGGAUCUUUGAAAUCCGGAGAUUUUAAUUUCUCUUUCAUUUUCUUCAAUCAGCUCCAUUCCUCAGAUCACAUUACAUUGAUUGAUUGAAGAAUCUGUGGUUGGUUGUUGAAUACUAACUCCUUUCUUUGAGGAAAAGAAAAACUGGAAUCAGAAGAGAAUCACAUGAAUAUAAAGCUGUGGUGUUUGUAGUAGAUGAAGGGAGCUCAGGCGUGGCGACUAGGCAGCAUGGUUGAUAUGCAGAUCUUGCCUGGGUCUCGCCACCGCCCUCCUUUGAAGAGGCCGAUAUGGAUUAUUUUCUUUGUUUCGUUGGUCAGCCUUUUUCUAGUGUGUGCUUAUAUCUAUCCACCGCAUGACAAUGGUGCUUGUUACGUAUUUUCUUCUAGAGGUUGCAAGGCCCUUAGUGUUUGGCUUCCUUCUACUCCUGCGAGGGAAUUAACUGAUGAGGAGAUUGCAUCGCAGGUUGUGUUUACAAAUAUUUUGAAUACACCUCCUGUACAAUCUAAAAAUUCUAAAAUUGCAUUCCUGUUCUUAACUCCAAGUUCACUACCUUUUGAGAAGCUUUGGGAUAUGUUCUUCCAUGGGCAUGAGGGAAAAUUUUCUGUUUAUGUCCAUGCAUCAAAAGAAAAACCAGUGCAUGUGAGCCGUUACUUCCUUAACCGGGAAAUUCACAGUGGUGAGGUUGUAUGGGGAAAAAUUUCUAUGGUUGAUGCUGAGAGACGAUUAUUGGCACAUGCUCUAAAAGAUCCUGAUAACCAACAUUUUGUGUUACUUUCUGAGAGCUGUGUUCCGUUGCAUAAUUUUGAUUAUGUCUACAACUAUCUGAUGCAUGCUAAUAUGAGUUUUGUUGACUGCUUUGGGGAUCCUGGACCGCAUGGAAAUGGCAGGUAUUCAGAGCAUAUGCUACCUGAAGUAGCAAAGAAAGACUUCAGAAAGGGUGCGCAGUGGUUCUCAAUGAGGCGGCAGCAUGCUCUGAUAGUUAUAGCUGACAGUCUUUACUACUCGAAGUUCCGGGAUUACUGCAAGCCAGGUUUGGAUGGCAAAAAUUGCAUUGCUGAUGAGCAUUACUUGCCAACCUUUUUCCAUAUGAUUGAUCCUGGUGGUAUUGCAAACUGGUCAGUAACACAUGUUGACUGGUCUGAAAGAAAGUGGCAUCCUAAAUCAUAUAGGGCUCAGGAUGUUACAGAUGAGCUUUUGAAGAAUAUUACGUCGAUUGACUUGACUGUUCAUGUAACAAGUGAUGAAAAGAGUGAAGAGCAGGUACAACCUUGCCUAUGGAAUGGUAUCAGACGACCAUGUUACCUUUUUGCAAGGAAAUUCUAUCCAGAAACCCUAGAUAAAUUGAUGAUGCUCCUCGAUUUUUGACUGUGAAUUCUUUGGUCGGAUUGAUUGACAGUCUUUUCUUGAUCCCUUCACUUCGUCUCGGUUUCGCAUUUAGAUUAUACAUUUGUAAAUGGCCAUGUUUCCCAACCACAAUUCUUGAGUGAAAGGGCAGCUGGGAGAGCAGUUAGGAUGAUUUGAAUGAGGCUGGAGGCGAAUAUCUUGUCCAUUUUUCCCCCCAUUUGUGCCAUUGAUACAUUAUAUUAUAUAUGUGAAAGAUUAUUGGGGGGUUCAUUUUUUGUAAAAGUUAAACAAGACUGAAAUUAUGCAACUCUUUUCUGGAAAUAUAGCUUAAUUUUUAAAUCCGAUUUAAGUUGAGAGCCCACUCUACUGUACAUAGUUAUUUUCUUUAGCAGUUCCUUGCCCUGGUAAAAAAAACUAUGCACUGCUCACUGAUGCUGAAGGAUACUUUUUCCCCAACCCCAGACAUGAAUUAUUUUUGUUCAAUAUGUGAUUUGAAAUACACACAGCCACUUUUUUCACUGUUCAGUCUCUCAAGGUGUCAGCAAUUUUGUUCUAGUCUUCGCCAUUGGUGAUUUCAAAGAGCUACGGAGUCUCCCAUUUGCUCUUGCAAUAAUAUGAUUAAAUGGUUUCAGA